CCCCUCUCUCGCUCUCGCUCUUUCCUGUGCCUUUUCAGGAUGGGCUCUUUGCAGGCAUGGGUCUCCGAGCACAAGCUUGCCAGUGUUGGAACUCUGUGGGCUUCAGCCUUGGUGGCGUCCUUAGCUUACUCCCGUAAAAGAACGCCACACAAGACCAGCCUCAGGCUGAUCCAUGCUAGGAUGCAUGCGCAAGCCCUCACCCUUGCAGUGCUCUCAGGUGCAGCACUGAAACAUUACUUCGAGACCAAUUUUGCCACGGAUGAGUCCAAAAAUUGAGUCAGCUGCUCUUGCUGGAUGAUUCCAAGGAACGGUGUCUCAUGAAGCAUCUUGCAAUGAUAUCAUGUUGGUUUGUAGCUUUAGCUUGUGGGGAUGGUACAUCAUGCCUAAUUAAAUGUGUAGCAAGGUUAUGGUAAUGAGAAUAUAGACUGCAUCUUGAUGAUAUAAUGAUACUUGUGAUGAUGCAUGGCCCUUGAAAUUAAACGUUAUGAUUAUAUGCAAUUUAUUGUUUUGUUAUACCGAACAAAGAAGAAAUUACUUUGUCCUUGUGCA